AUGGGGCUUGAGGACAGGACCAAGUGCUGGUGCUAUGGCCCAGAGCCAAGCCACUGGGCAGCUGGCGGCCGUCCCACUCGGGGGCAACAUGGACCCCACUCUCUGUGCAACCCCCAGGGCCAGGGCACUGACAGCGCCCUGUCCUGGGGAGGCCGGGACCACAUGGAUGGGCAGAUCCUGGGCCAGCUGCGCCCCCUGGCAGAGGAGGAGGAGGAAGAUGGUGCUGCCCUGGCCCCGAGGCCCGCCUUCCCUGGGAUGGGCUCAGAGGAGCUGCGGCUGGCCUCCUUCUACGACUGGCCGCUGAGUGCCGUGGUGCCGCCGGAGCUGCUGGCCGCUGCCGGCUUCUUCCACACGGGCCAGCAGGACAAGGUGAGGUGCUUCUUCUGCUACGGGGGCCUGCAGAGCUGGGAGCGAGGCGACGACCCCUGGACCGAGCAUGCCAGGUGGUUCCCCAGGUGUGAAUUCCUGCUCCGGACAAAAGGAAGGGACUUUGUCUGCAGGGUUCAGGAGUCCUGUUGCUGCCCACCGGGCUCCUGGAGGUUCUCUGACUCCUUCCAGGACAGGUCGGAGGAACCAGAAGAUGUGGGUCCUGCCACCCCCUCAGGACAGCAGGAGAAUGAAGGUUGCUUGGCCGGGCCUGCGGAUGUGGGGGGCAGCCAGGAGUGGCCGGCAUGGAGCCAGUGCCCAGCAGUCCAGGCCGUGCUUCGCAUGGGCUUCAGGCCGGGCCAAGUGCAAGGGCUGCUGCAGCGCAAGUACCACCAGGUGGCGCCAACUGGCAUGUCCACGUCGCAGCUGGUAGCCGACCUGCUCCAGGAAGAGGACGGUGGCCGGGUGGUGGGGGCCAGAGCUCCUGUCCCCCCAGGGCCUGAGCUGCUCACACCCAGAAUAGAGGCUCAGGUGGAGAGUGCCCUGGAGUCAGCUGAGGGUCCCCCCAGGGGAGAACCGGGAGGAGUGCAGGACGCAGAGGAGCAGCUGCGGCGCCUUCGGGAGGAGCGGACAUGCAGGGUGUGCCUGGACCGCACAGUGGGCGUCGUCUUCGUGCCCUGCGGCCACCUGGCCUGUGCCGAGUGCGCGCCCAGCCUGCAGCAGUGCCCCAUCUGCAGGGCCCCCAUCCGCAGCUGUGUGCGCACCUUCCUGUCCUAGGCCAGGAGCUGUGAGCUGAGGCCCUGAGCUGGGGUCCACCACUGACCAGUCCUGUGUGGAACAUGGAGCUGCAGGCGGCUUGGCAUGGGGAGGUGGGGGCUGUUUUACCCAAGCAUGGAUGCUUCAGAAGAGUCAAAAUAAAGCAUGGGUUUUCCCUGGA